CGGAAGUGAGCUGUUACGGCGGAAUGCUAUGGAGAGUUUUCCAAUCCCACUCUUUGAAGGACCCUCUCGUCUCCUACUGCAGGCUUUGGGCUCAGGGCCCCUAGGGGCUCUAGCAUCCCUUAGGGUCUUGCAGAAUUACCCAGGGACAUUCCCAUGGAACAGCUUCAUGGAAAAGCUGUGUACGGAAGUGCCAGCUCUGGAUGGACCAACACGGAAACUUAUUCUAAAACCGGCACUGCUGCUUUUACCCUUGCACACUCAGAGAAACGUACUUAGUUUUCUGAGCCUUGCGCUCCCUGUGGUGCCAGUACACUGCAUUCAUCUCCUGGCUGGUGUUGUCAGUGGUGAGAAUGGUUCUUCAGACCCUUGGCUUCUUACCCUUAGCAAGCAGCUGCUUACUGAGCCUGGGAUGAUAGCAGCUCCCGCCAGUUCUCACGUGCAGGAGAGACUGAAGGUUCUGUGUGCACAGCUCUGUCCGCCUGAGGGUACGCACUCCAAGUUAGGCUGGUGUAGACCCUCAAAUGUACUAACUACACGCAAACGCAAGGUGGCAAGUGAGGAUGUGACCCCAAGUGAGGAAGAAGAAGGACCCAAUGUGAAGAGAGUCUGCAGUGAAGGACUGAGCACGUAUCACUCAAACUUGUCUACUCCUGAGGAAAGACUGAGUACCGCAGACACCGAAGUGCAAAAGAAAGAACUGCCAGAGCAUAUCAAGACACGGAUACCCAGGCUGAGGGAGCUCCUACAUGGAGAUUUGGACACAGAGUCCUGGGAUGAAUCUUCACUGUCCGAUCUACAGGAGCUAUGUGAGUCAUGUGAUCCAGCCCAGCUCCAGUCUCUUUUCUGCACUCUGGAUGUCUCACAGAUUUCCCCACAGUCUCUCUUGCAGCUUUGCUGCCACCUGCACUCACUCACCCCCGACCUCAGUUACUUACACUCCUUAGCACUGGCCAAAAGCCUCUUCUUGGACCGGACACUAGUUCUAACAUCACCAGCCCCACGCCCUCUUUUAUCUGCACUGUCAAUGUUCUGUAUGAAGUAUGGCCGCUCUGCAUGCAGUGCCCUUAUUGGACCAUUACUCCUUCAGCCAGAGACAGGUUCAGCACAUAUUGAUUUUCUAUGUCGAAUGGUUACAGAGUGUCUUCAGCCGGAACAGCUGUCUCUAUUUUAUGGACCUGUCCUAGAGGUGCCAUUUUGCGAGGGUUCACUAAGUGUUCUACACACACUGUUAGAGAAACAGGCAAUGCCAUCUCGUUCAGAGUUUGAGCAAUUGCUUGUUUGCCUAUCUGACGCAGCAGAGAAAUUCUCGAAAUCUGUGAUGUUUUCCAAAUUGCUUUUGACCAUCAUGACUAGAAGCCAGAGUCUGAUUUUGCAAACUCACUUUGGAUUUUUAACAAAUGCUGUUAAUGCCAACCAAACUUUUCUGAAGAAGUCUUUGCAAGGAGCUCUAAAGAAAGUGCAGGAAGUUAUAACAUGACAGUCUUACACAAUCUUAUAAGCCAAAUACAUAUUGUUGUUUUGUCAAUGAACUGAAAUUCCUAACUCGGACUCUCAUUCAAGUUGUUUUCCCCCUCUUUUCUCUGCAGCCAAUCAAAUGCUCUAUCUACCAGAUUAUUCAGUCUUAGAUUGGCUGUUGCAAACCAAGCUGUGUAAAAAGAAAAGUAGAAAAAUGUUGCUUAUUUGUUUUUGCAGCAAUAUAACAUGAGAAGUUUCCGCUAAAACAGCAUUUUAUGUAUGUAUUUUUGCUUUACUAUUUUGUCGUUUUAUUUUUAUAUAAGAUACCGUUCCUACCACUAUAAUAAUGUUAUUGAAGCACUAUUAGUAAAUUUCAAAAAUAACUAUUGUA